UUCUUCGACGAUAAACGAUAGGAUCUACUACGAAUAAACUUACAAUAUUUGUUUUGGCUACAGAGGUGAAGAGGCGGAGUAGGACUUGAAUGCAGCACAGCACGGCUGCCAAGUUUUGUGUAGGUUUGGUUUACAUUUGUCUGCUGGGGCGUAGAGCUGGAAAGUUCGUACUGUUUGCAUGCAGUUGUUCAACAAGGUGGUCAAAAGGGUGGGUUCAAACGACUUGGCAGGUAACUCUAUUGUUGUUAAGAUGCACUCUUGGAAAACUGUAAGAAGUGCUUCACGCAGCCUCUGGAUGAACUCCCUAAGUCAUCUAGUGGUACUGUCCUCUCUGUGUUAUUUGAUAUCUGGAUACUCUGAGAGAGACAGAACACAUGACUUGAUGACCAGAUAUCCUCUUAUUGAUGGUCAUAAUGACCUAGCUCUCCAACUGAGGAUACUUCAUGACAAUCAGCUGAGCAAAAUUGACCUUCAUAAUGUCAGCAAAGUGGCCACAGACAUCAACCGUCUCAAAGCAGGCCAUGUGCAGGCACAGAUGUUUGCAGCCUAUGUAAUGUGUGGGGCACAGGAGAAGGAUGCUGUGAGGCUGACCCUGGAACAAAUAGAUGUGGUCAGACGCAUAUGCACUGAGUACAAGGACUUUGAACUGGUCACUUCUGCCCAGGAUCUGAAGAAUGCUGAGAUGAAACAUAAGAUAGCUUGUCUAAUAAGUAUUGAGGGAGGCCACUCCAUUGACAGCAGCCUGCCAGCCCUGCGGAUGUUUUACCAGCUUGGAGUUCGAUCCAUGGCCCUCACACAUACCUGCAAUACACCCUGGGCUGAGUCAUCCUCAAAACUUUAUAAUGUCUAUCAAAGACGGAACACCAGCUUGACACUCUUUGGGAAGGCAGUGGUUAAGGAGAUGAACAGACUGGGAAUGAUAGUGGACCUCUCCCACAGUUCUUGGGGCACAGCCUUGGCCGUGCUGAACCAUUCCCAAUCUCCGGUUAUUUUUAGUCAUUCAUCUUCUCACUCCAUCUGUAACCACAGCCGCAAUGUACCUGACUGGCUGCUGCAUGAACUGAAAAAGAACCGAGGGUUGAUCAUGGUGAAUCUCCACGAUAAAUUCAUUUCCUGCAGUGAUAAGGCCAACAUCUUUGAUGUGGCUGACCAUUUUGAUCACAUUAAGAGCGUGAUUGGAGCUGAGUCGAUAGGAAUCGGAGGGGACUUUGAAGGUGCUGUGAGCUUUCCCCAGGGGUUAGAGGAUGUGUCAAAGUAUCCUGCCCUGAUCCAGGAACUUCUGCAAAGGAACUGGACUGAGAAUGAGUUGGCUGAUGUCCUUCGAAGGAACUUCCUCCGAGUGUUCGAAGAGGUAGAGAGGGUCCGUGAUCAGUUGAGCUUGAAGCGUCCCAGUGAGGAGCAGAUCCAAAUAGAGGAGGUGCAGAAUCCCUGCAGGCUUGUCCUCAGACCUCCUCCUAUCCUGAGAGUCGUGCUCUCUGGUCAGAGGUCCUCCUCUAGAGCCCAACAUGGACUACCUGGUCUGCUAAUCUUGGCCAUAGUUCUGCUGCUUUCCAGCAUAUUUAUCAUAGAAUGAACAGUUAGAAACUCAGUUCAGCUGCACCUUGUUUUUUUUUUUUUAAAGUGUAUAAUUUUAAUUUUCUAUAAUAUAAAAAAGGAGAGCUUAAUGACUUUGCUAUAGCUAUUUGUAGGUCAUCACAGCACUCCACAGGUCAGUAAGGAUAAGGGGAGGUUAAUCAUCUCACCACCAGUGGAAAAAAGAUCAUUAAAUGUGUAGACCAAUUUGUAAUUUAAAUGACAAUUACUGAAUAUACAGAAUAUACUUUAUAUACCGACUGAUCCUCUGGCUUUGAGAUAUAUCCUCUGAAAGGCAUUUAACUCAUUUUGGGAUUUUAUUUAUUAUAUAUUUAAGUUGUUGCUGAAUUUCUUGUCCCUAUGCUAGCAUAAUCUCUAUAAAAACGCAUGACAUGAAGGAGAAUAAUGGCACUGAAUAAAACUCCAGAGAUGGAACUAUAAGUUGUUUGAAA